AUAAGGACAGUGGGGAAUAAUCAUCCACCGGCUGUGGGAAUGAACUCCAGCACACAAUACAGCUGUGAUUGGGUGUGUUGGGUCCAGAGCUGUGUAUAUAUACCCAUCCUGGUUUUGGGUUUCCCUCUGAUCCUGGCCGCUCUGUGGCAGUUGGUCUUCUGCGUUCGACAGUGGAGUGAAUCCACGGUUUACCUCUGCAACCUGAUCAUCAACGACGGCAUGCUGAUUCUGUCCCUGCCCUUUAAAAUACAUGCAUACAAGAGGGCCUGGACCCUAGGCAAGACUUUCUGCUCGCUGCUGGAGAGCCUGCUCUAUGUCAACAUCUAUGGCAGCAUCAUGCUGAGUGUGUGCAUCGCAGUCGACCGAUUCGUCGCUCUACAGUUUCCAUUCGCUGCACGCCGUCUGCGAUCUCCACGCAAGGCAAUGAUCGUGUGCCUAGCCUUGUGGAUACUGAUCUUUGCAUGCAGCUUCCCCAUCUUCACACUUCACGAUGUUGAACAAGAUGACAAAAAUUUUUCCUGCUUCCAGGACUUCUCCAACCAAACUUGGACCAAAAGUUGGAUUCUGGCGACUAUGGAGACAGUGUUUUGCUGCAGCGCUGUGGUGAUGGUGUUCUGUUCAGUGCGCGUGGUGCAAAUCCUGCACAAUCUGAGAAAGCGCAACCCUGGAGAUUCAAAACUGCGCAACAACAAGAGCAUGAAGAUCGUUCUCAGCAAUCUGGUGGUCUUCCUCACAUGCUUCAUUCCUUACCACAUAGCGGCGCCCAUAUACUUCCAUGCAAAGACAGACAUGUGGAAAACAGAAACCAUCAAUCAUCUACGCUACUUUAUUCACAUAGCCAUAUGUAUUAGCAACGUGAACAUCUUAGCAGAUGGCGCAUGUUACUAUUUCAUCCUCAAAGAGAACCUGGAAUCCGCAAAGCGUGAGAGGAGAAUGGCUAUACGCAUCAGAGAUACACGAAUUCGAAGUUCAAAGAGUAUAACGUUUGGAGAAAUGCAUACUGUUAUGUCCAAAGCCACUAAAACUAUGGAAAUAUGUGUGGACACUGGUUUUACAUAAAGAUCCACACCAAAACUAACAGAGACAGAAUGCUAGGAGGAUUAAUCCUGAAGGAACAUAGCAAAGGAGGACAGAAGACAGUGAGUCAUGCUCAAGUAGAUGAGUA